AUGGGUGCCAUGCGGCACUUUCUGAGCUGGCUUAGCUGGAACAGGCAAACACCAGAUCCGUCUGCUGGAGCCUUGAAGAGGAGCGGAUCCGAGCUCUCAUUCCUCACUGCAAAUGACACCGAAGAGCAACAUGAAGAUGGUCAAGGAUUUGGUGGCCGAGCUCUGGUGUCAAAGGCCGGGGAAGAGAGUGACGACACUGUGCCUGAGAUCACGCCUCUCCCAUGGCGGUCCGUGAUCACGAUCGGACUUAGCAUGGGCAGCCAAGCAUUCCAGACCACCAUGCUUUUCCCAAUGCUCGUCUUCAUGGUAGAUGACUACGGCAUCGCAGGGGAAAACGAGGACCUGGUCGGACAAUACGCAGGCAUAUUGGCCUCGUGCUUCCCGUUCGCCCAGUUCAUGUCCUCCUAUUUGUGGGGCGUCACUUCGGACCGCAUCGGACGGCGCCCCGUCAUCGUCUUCGGCAACGUGGCGGCAGCGGCCGCGGCGCUUUUGCUCGGGUUCAGCCGACACUUUCUCUUGGCUUGUGUGGCCCGGUUGCUGGGGGGUCUCCUAAACGGGACGCUCGGGUCACUGCGCACGUCUCUAGGGGAGUUGUGCGACAGGGGGUCUCCUAAACGGGACGCUCGGAUUGCUGCGCACGUCUUUGGGGGAGCUGUGCGACAGGUCUUUGCGGAAGGCGACAGUACAAACCAGGCCAGUGGGUUUGCCAUCUUCCAGCUCGCCUGGGGCCUGGGUUCCAUCAUUGGCCCGGUCGUGGGCGGACUGUUCGCCCGCCCAUGCGACACGUGGAACCUGGGUGACACGUGUCCAACUCUCCUUCGUCGAUACCCAUACCUGCUCCCCUGCGCACUGGGCAGCGCGGUCUCCUUAUUCGCCAGCGCAAUGAGCGCUUACUUUUUAGAAGAAACGCUACACCGGAUUAAGCCAACCCCGCGCCGGUUAAGGAAGGCCGGUUAUGAACAGAUUGGCGAGGUCGAGCUGGAAGGAGUCUCUAAGGGUGCCGCGCAGGGAGAUCUGCUGGAGGGGUCGUCUAGAGGGAAGAAGCUGCAGCCGGAGGUUAUUCACAUGGGUCCGGAACACUCCCGCCACGGGGGUAGUGUGAACGGGGGAACGGCCUUUGCGCAGCUGAUGCAAAUGCGCGCGCAGUCUAUCACUGCUAAAGCGUCUCGAACGCCUUCUGUAACCUCCAAGGGAGCUCUGCCGCUGUCCAAGCAGCAGGAACCCUCUAGAGAUCCUCCGAACAUCACGGAGCCGUCUGCGGAAGCGCGAAGAACGUCUAGGUUUUCCCCAGAGCUUCUGGAGCCUAGCCAAACCACACCGGGCGCUUUUAUGCACGGAGCGUCUCUGGACGGUAUAAAACGGCGAGCGGAGCUGACAAAAGGCGAUGCAGAGGGGACGGUAGGUUUCAGUAGCGGGUCUGUUCAUGGGGCGUCUGCUUAUGGCAGCAUAACACGGAGGAUAUCAAGUGGCGACAGGCGGCAGUCAGGUCUCUCGAAAUCUCUUCCGACCUCUGAAGAACGGCCGAUGCAGUCUCUGACCGGGGAGCCACCUAAGCAAGUCGCCGGAUACCAGGUGCUCGGGAGGGCUGACGACGGCGACCAGGCUGACCGGGCGGGGGCUGCCCCGGGCGCCGGAAAGCGGGCGUGGUGGAAAGACCGGGACGUGUUGGUGGCUUGCGGGUCGUAUGGGAUGCUCGCGCUUGUGUUCAUCAUCUUGGACGAAUUUUUGCCCAUAUUCGCGGCGACACCAUUAGCCCUGGGGGGGCUCGGUCUUAGCUCGGAGGCCAUUGGGACGACCGUCAGCGUGGGGGGCGUCACGAUGUUCCUGUUCACCAUGUUCGUCUUUGCGCCGCUAAGCAAGCGGUUUGGGCCGAUAUUGUGUUACCGGUACGGCACGCUGGUCAUGGUCCCGAUCUGCCUCAUCUCGCCUGCCAUGUCACUGCUCGUCCGGGAAACGUUUGCGCGCUACCUCGGACUGAUGGCCAUUCUCGUUGUCCGAAACAUCGCCAGCACGACGGCCUUCACCGGCGUGCUGCUGAUCGUUUCCAACUCGUCGCCUCCGGAAGAUGCGGGCAAGGUGAACGGACUCGGCCAAACGACGGCCAGCUUUGCGCGCGCGCUGGGCCCCGCUUUCGGCGGCAGCCUCUGGUCCUUCUCCGAGACGCUACGAUUCCCGUACCACCAGUUUUUGGCGUUCGUGCUGACGGCAAUCUUCGCCAUGCUGACGUACGUCUCCAGCCUGGUUCUGUCAGAGCAGCUGAAUGUGCCUCGGGCGGAACGGAACCGGAAGCGAGCGGGGCAGAAGAUCGUGCGCUAG